UUCGAAUGGAAACACAGGGGAAAGUGUUCGGAACACGAGUUGUUAGGAGAGGCAAUGUGCAGGAAUAAAGGAUGGAUUAAACUGUAAGUGAGUCGGAUGAACGUAUUCAGUGACAUACUGUUUGCUUUUUACCAUGUACUUGGUAUAAAUACAGAUGAACGGGGAUUUUGCUGAAUGUUAUGAUAUUGUGACUGGAGUGGUGUGUUCCGAGCGGCUGCGAUGCAGAUGAUAUUUUGAGAGAGCUCGCCGCAAAAUGUAACGGACUUGCUGUGUUGUGUGUGCUAGGCUUGGCGAUAUGUCGUAUAUCGGUGUUUUAUUCGGGUGUGUUAUUUAAAGAUCACACUUGUAAUGUGAUAGUUUCAAGUUGGAUUUAUUUAUAUCUAAAUUUAACAUAACGUUUCCCGGAUUUUCAGUUGGAUCUCUAAAGCCGUGUGGCAACAUGGCGACCGUAAGGAUGAAAGGGCUGGAUACAGGUUUGUUUUGCAUUGUGUUUUUAACGACUUUGAUUGGUUUAAUACAUUCCACUACAUCUACAAAAUAUAAGAAAAUAGAGACAAAUGUUUAUGUGCCAUUUAAAACACCGCCAUCAUCUAUCAUUACAAAGCUCUCGGUAUCAGGAAAAGUACCUGUUUUGGAAAGUUUGGAUGAGACAGCAAGGUCACUUUUUAAAAUGGACAAGGGUCAAUUCAUGACAAAUGCUGAUCUGACAUCUUCAUUAGGAAAGAAAUUUACGUUUUACGUCAGGGAUGCUUUAGAAAGUGGGCCCAUCCUGGAUGUAUUACAUGUAGUUGUUGACAAUUCAACAGAUAUGUUUACAUUUCCUCAACUACAGUAUAUUGGUACCAUUAAAGAAAAUCAGCCAUCAUUUUCACCUGUAGAAGUAGUGGGACACAUCUGGUCUAGAAAUCAUAAUUCUGCAUCACUUGGUCAUAUUAAAUACUCCAUCAUCCACCAUUCAGGGCCAAGUGAUUUUCAUCUCAAACACAAAAUUUACAGUCGAUUAGAAGAAGUCAAAUUUGUUGCUCGAAAACCACUGGACAGAGAAGAAAACAACCACUACAGAAUAAUUGUCCAGGCUGAAAAUGACAACGGUCAAAAGGCUCAAGCUGUGGUCAAGAUAUUUGUAUUGGAUGAAAACGACAACAUUCCAAAAUUUGAAAAAUCUUCAUAUUCUGUAGAAUUUGGCGCAGCAAUUUAUGGUGGAAGAAAGGUUAUUCAAGUUCGUGCCUUUGAUAUGGAUGAUGAAACCAUCUCGUAUAAAAUUGCCGAUGAAAAUGGUCUAUUUAUCAUCGACCCUAUAAGUGGGAAAGUAUUCCUGAAGAGGAACGGCUAUCUGGAUUCUGGGAAAUACAUAUUUUAUGUUGUGGCUCGAGAUUCCAUUGGUCAUUCAAGUGACCCGGUCAGUGUUGAAAUCAAAGUGAUUCCUAAGGCUUUAAAAUUUGUAUCUUUUCAUAAUCAUCCUCAGUCCCAUCGUUUAACCAAGAGAUCUACCGUCAUCAAUCGUGUUGAGAAAACCUACGAGGUUCCGGAGAGUAUGCCUAGUAGUAAGGCUAUGUUUAGUAUAGCCUCAACUCCACCCCCUUUAUCUGGGGUGGAGCAGUAUAGUCUAAUGAAAUCCUCUCUUCCUGACACAUUCCAAGUUGACACCCGUGGAAAUGUCUACAUCAGACAGGGGAGACAACUUGACUAUGAAGACAUGCAGCAUCGGGUCAUCGGUCUGAAAUUCCACAUCACUAACUCAAACAACUUUCAAGAUUUAACGGAACUCGCAAUCACGCUUAAGGUGACGGACACCAACGAUGAACGCCCCAUAUUUGUUAAUCAGCCCCGGCCUUUCCUGGCGACAGUAUCAACAAAUCCGAGUGUUGGAGAGAUGGUCUACGAACUGCUGGCAUACGACCCAGACACCGGCUCAGAUAUCAAAUACAUCUUGGAGUCAGCUGGAGAGAGGAAGUUUGCCAUCCAGAAUGUCAAUGUCAAUGGAACCAAUGUUGGGCGAAUCAUCACGACGGUCAGUGGGAAUGGUCAGUUUGAGAGGGGACGUGUUUAUGAGCUUGUCGUUUCUGCUCGGGACAUGUCUGCCCUUGAUGCCACUCAGAAAUCGGAUUUUGAGAUUGUCCAAGUCCUUGUUGGAAAUCGUUCACCGCAGUUCUUUGAAAAUCCUUACAUUGCCUAUGUGUCUGAAAACAACCAAGCAGGAUACAAGCUCCAGACUGCAGAGAGAGUUAAUCUGAAAAUUCAAGCAAAGCCAUUUCAGUCCCAGCAAGGGGACCAUUCAGUACGAUUCCAUUUGUAUGACGAACGGAAUCAGCCAUCCUCAUUGUUUGCUAUUAACGAGGUGGGGGAAGUUGAGACGCUUCAGAGCAUGGACUAUGAGGCAUCGUCAUGGAAACAGUUUACGUUGACACUGAAUGGCACAGAGGAAUCGACUGGCCUCACAAGCUCAACACAGCUGAUUGUGAACCUAGAAGAUUCCAAUGACAACUCACCUGUGUUUGGUCUGUCGACAUAUACCAACAGUACCAGUGAAGGAACUCCAAUCAAUGCUACCUUGUUUUCCGUGAUAGCCACUGAUCGAGAUUCGGGGGAAAAUGCAGAACUGACUUACGAAGUAAACAACGACAACUUCUACGUGGUCACUCGCUAUGACCCGGUCUCCGAUAACUACAUUGGCGACCUCAAAGUGGCGAAGAGGUUGGAUUACGACUUCCAUCCCGAUCGACUCUACAAGUUCAAUGUAACGGCAACUGAUCAUGGAGCUCUCCCAAAAAAGGGAUGGGCAAGUGUGGUCAUUUAUGUCACGAAUAUCAAUGACGAGAAGCCUCGGUUUGGAACGGGACUCGGUGAAAUCAACGCCAGCAUCAGGGAGGACCUAGCAGCUAACAAUUACGUGACGAUGGUCCAGGCUGUAGACCCCGACGGCGACAAUGUCGAGUAUUUCUUCACAGAACGAUUGACAAAAGCCCCUAAUGGUCCAUUCAUCAUUGACCCCAAGUCUGGGGUCAUCCAGUUGUCCAACUCCAUUCCUCCAGCCAUACCAAGAUAUGUGUUGAACAUAACAGCGUAUGACGACGGAUCGUGUUGUGAUGGUCAUGUGACACAGCGUCAGGAUGCGGUUCUUAUCGUAGAAAUCAAGGACAUCAACAACAAUAACCCAGGCUUUCCUUCGUGUAACUACCAACCUAAUGUGAUGGAGAACCAGCCAAUAGGGACCAGGGUGGUACAGGUUAGAGCUGAAGACAAUGACCGAGGUCCGAAUGGUCAGAUUACCUAUUCUGUGGUCACUCCUGCUUACCAAACCAAGAACUUUGAUGUAGAUCCUGACAACGGGACAGUGGUAACCAAUAUCGUGUUUGACCGCGAGUCUGAGCAGGGUUCCCGUGGUUACCCAGUCACCAUUAAGGCUGAGGACAAAGGCCAGCCUCAGCAGCUCAACAGUCUGUGUACGUUCUGGGUCCACAUUGACGACCGCAAUGACAAUCGACCCAUGUUCGAUUCUCUCUCAUACUCCAAACAGAUCACACGUACAUUUGAGGUCAAUAAGCGUGUCACUGGUGUGUUGGCAACAGACCGUGACAUGGGACAAAAUGCUGAAGUGACAUACCUUUUUGAGUCCAAUCCUGGAAACUACUUCAGAAUAGAAGAAGAUACUGGUUCCAUCUUCUUGGACAAGAGUCUUAUUGAUUUUCCGUACACCAGUAACCAGACCAGUGUCAUUGUAAUGGCCAAAGACAAUGGUAACCCACCACUCAACUCAACCGUGCGUGUGACCAUCAGUCUGGCCGCAUCGCAGGGGGAGGUGCCUACUUGGGACGAGAGUUAUGAUGGCAUGGUUUAUGUGGUUGAGGAGACAGUUCCGUCAGGUCAUACGAUUGGUCGAUUCACCGCCAGCUCUAACAUCUUAGAUCCACAACUACAGGGCGUCAGUUUUGCUCUCAUCAAGUCAGAUGGAUCCCAGUCCCAAUUUGAUGACAUGUUUAGAAUUUCAACCUCGUCCAAUUUGGUGAAACUGAAGCUGCGUGGAAAUCUUGACUACAAUCAUAAGAACAUGUACACUGUCCGGUUACGUGUCACGAACAAGGGCCUAAACCCAGCAUCAAAUGAAAUGCGUGUGACUGUGAAGGUGAAAGACAUGAACAACCAGCCACCACGAUUUGAAGGACUUGACCCGACCAUGAGUAACACCUACCGAGGCAGUGUCCCAGAAAACGAACCUGUUGGUCAAACGGUCAUCACAGUCAAAGCUGUUGAUGCUGACCAUGAUCCCCCUAACAAUGAGGUACGGUACAGUAUAAUUGAGGACCGGUAUGGUGUCCACCGAUUAUUUGACAUCAACCCGCUGACCGGUUUGAUCACCACCAACUUCACGUUUGAUCGCGAGGUUGAUUACCUCUACUAUAUUGACAUCAAGGCUGUAGACGGGAAGCCGUCAGAUGUUCGUGACCAUGAGCCACCAAAUACUCCGAACAGUGCCACUGCCCAGGUCCUGGUUGUAAUUGGUGACAAAAAUGACAACACACCACGAUUCCAGCAGACACUUUAUGAGAAGGAGGUACAGGAACAGCCGCCCGACAGCAGCAAGGCCAUCAUCCGAGUACUGGCUGACGAUCUGGACAGUUCUGAUGUUCUGACCUACACUAUCACCAGUGGUAACGUGGGAAAUGUAUUCGGCAUUAAACAGAAGACAGGAGAAAUCUACGUGGCCCGAGAUCUGGAUUACGAAACUCCACCGAAGGUUUACAACUUGACCAUUACGGCAAACGACGGGUACCAUACCAACACAACAAGGGUCAAACUGACCGUACUGGACAUCAACGAUAACCAGCCAGAAUUUACUCAGGCAGAGUACAUCAUUAAAGAUGUGGUGGAGGAGAUUGACCCUCCUGCUGGACAACAGAAAUUCCUCGUACAGGUAAGCGCUACUGACAAAGAUAUUGACCGUCCACACAAUUUCCGGUACAGUCUCAACAUUGAUGACCAGGAUCCUGGUAACCCAAUGUUCGUCAUUGGUCCAGAAGACGGAAGGAUUUUCUUAAAACGCAGUCUUGACCGUGAUCUUCCUAAUGGUCGGGCUGAGUACCAGUUUAACAUCAUCGUCGAAGAUGAACCUGGCAAUCCACAGUCUCUGAUUGGCUACGCUUAUGUGAAAGUUCAGCCAAAGGAUAUAAAUGACAAUGCUCCAUUAUUUGUGGGAAAUCUAACGGGAUACGUUCCAGAGAAUUCAGCUAAAAGGAAGAACAUCAUGACAGUCCGUGCCAAAGACUUUGACCUGGGAAUGAAUGGAACAGUUUACUAUCAGAUAGACGGACGAGGUAACACACCAGCCAAUCCUGACAAUGGCGAGUAUCUCUUCAAGAUCCAGGAGUCCUCUGGUCUGGUCUACUCAAAUACGGAUAUCUUGAACCGCGAGGUGCUUGACCGAUACCACCUACAGGUGAUAGCCGUUGACCGUGGCGUCCCGCAGAGAAGCAGCACCGCCACCUUGACUAUUAAAGUCUCCGAUGAAAAUGACGAGGCUCCAGUGUUUCUACAGAAGAUAUACCGUGUCACUUUGUCCGAGAGUCAGAAGAGCGGUCCAGUUAUCACCGUGUCGGCCACAGAUGACGAUAUCGGGGAGAACGCUAAGCUGACGUACACCUUACAGAGUGACCUGAGCUUUUUCUCCAUCACAACACUACCAUCCAACGCUGGUGUCAUAAAUGUUUUCCAUCCUGUUGAUUAUGAAAAUGUCCAGCAGAGGUUUUUUAACUUGACUGUGAAGGCGCGAGACUCGAACCCUCUUCACGAAGAUCAUGCCUUUGUUGAGAUUACAGUCACGGAUGCCAAUGAUGAACCUCCAAAGUUCACUGACACUGUUAAAAUCAUGGACUUUAACGAGAACAUCGAGGAGGGAACAUUACUGUAUACAUUUGCUGCCAAUGAUAAAGACAGCCCGCCCAACAAUGACUUCACGUUUGCCAUUGCUGACUAUUCAGACCGCUUCUAUGUAGAACAACAGGGCAACAAAGGAUUUGUGAAGAUCCAGAAAGGUUUGGACGGGCAGACACUGGACCGAGAAACUAGCUCAAAGUAUACUGUUGAAGUUCUUGCCAUUGACAAAGGUGACCCACCUCUAACUGGGACAGCUACGCUCAUCCUGAACGUGGCUGAUCUUAACGACGAAGCUCCAACAUUUGCCGAGAAUUAUCGACCAAUCGUAAUGGAGGAUGACCCAUUCCCUCAGCAGGUGUUGACCUUCAAGGCAAGAGAUCGGGACACUCGUGCUCAUGGACCCCCGUUCAAAUUCUACCUGCCAGCAUGUAGGGAGAACCCAACUUGUGACAGUGAUGGCAACUUGAACUUCACUUUGGUCUUCAACCAGUCCGGUGAUGGUAGUAAUGGAACCGGGACUAUUUAUGCUCAGAAUCGUUUCCUCCGAGAGGAGAAGAAAUUUUACUACCUUCCGAUUGUGAUGACUGACAUGGGAGGUUACCACCCCCUUAGUAUGACAGGGACCAGCACGCUGACCAUCGAGAUCGGCGACAAAAACAAUAACCAGCACUCGGACGGCUCUAAGGAUAUAUUUGUGUAUAACUACAAAGGUUUGUUUGGUAACAUCGAAAUCGGCCGUGCGAAUGCGAAUGACCCAGAUGAUUGGGACUUCAAAGACAAAUGGUACUACUUCAUAGGACCUAAGGACAUGACUCGAUUCUUCAGUGUAUCAAAAGAGAAUGGGACAAUUAUGAUGAAGAAAGGUGUGCCAGGUGGUUAUUACGAGUUCAAGGUUCUAGUUUACGAUCACGUCGUCUUCACUCAUCAAAACGCCACUGCUACCAUACAUGUCACUGUACAGGAAAUAGACGAUGAUGCGGUAUUCAGCUCCGGGUCUGUUCGACUUUCAGGUACAAGUGCUGAGGAAUUUAUGGAGGAGAGACCUGAGGGAAGUAGUUAUAACCGAUUCAAGUCUCUUCUCGCCAGGCGCCUGGGAGUACGCGAGAAAAAUGUGGCCAUUUUCAGUGUGAUGAAUAACGGUUCAUAUACAGAUAUAAGAUACGCUGCACAUGGGUCGCCAUGGUAUCCAGCCAGUAAACUGGACGGAAUUGUCAUGACAUACAAAGACGAGUUUGAGACAGUGUCAGGCGGGAAGAUCGCAAUGGUGAGCAUAGAUUUGUGUGUAAAGGAGGUGUGUGAAAGUGGAGGCUGCACAAACACGUUAUUUGUUGACAGUCGGCCAAGUCUUGUGAACACUAAGGGGCAGAGCUUUGUGGGCGUGUCUACAAUGAUCAAAACAGACUGUAUCUGCAAAGCCCGAGACUUCUCUGAACCGCUCGUGUGUAAAUCUGGGUACUGUUAUAAUGGAGGCACGUGUGUCCGAGACAACUGGGGUGAAGUGACCUGUCAGUGCCUGAGUGGCUUUGAUGGCAAACGAUGUCAGAAGACUCGACACAGCUUUAAGGGUGGCUAUGCACUGUAUCCGGCCCUGGCUCAGUGUGAGGAAAGCACCACCAGUAUAGAGUUUAUCACUACAUCGGAGAAUGGUCUCAUUUUCUACAACGGACCCGUGGAACCGAUAGGUCCCAACAUUCCACGGGACUUCAUCGCCUUGGAGCUGAUUAAGGGGUAUCCACAGUUACAAGUCGACCAUGGAACUGGCAAAGUUAUGAUGCCUCUUGAUGGCAAGGACAAAAACCAAAUAACUCGACUAAAGAAACUCAAUGAUGGAGUUUGGCACCACAUUGACAUCGUCCGAAAAGGAAGGAUGGUUACUAUGACUGUUGACCAAUGCCAGGCAUCUGUUUUUGAGCGCAUGAGUGAAUCAAACGAAGAUCGUCAGCCGUGCGAGAUAACCGGGAGUACUCGGGGACGAAACAAAUACCUAAACGUCAACACCAUGUUACAGAUGGGCGGUCGCUACAUCACUCCUCCGUAUCCUACGGGGAUAACCAAUCAGAGCUUCUUCGGCUGUAUCAGGAAUUUAUACCACAACGGAGAGCUCUAUGAUUUAUACACAAGCCGGAACCACCCAGGUCUUAACCACGAAAACGACUGCCCGCAGGAAGACCGUCAUUGUGAGGACGAAAGAAGACGGAGUGUUUGUGGACCUCACGGCACAUGUGAACUUGUUCACUGGAACAGCAACGACUUUAAAUGUCAGUGUAAACCUGGCUAUCGACCGAAGUACAAAGGCUCCAACAAGUGUGACACAAAUACAACAGUUCGUGACCUAAAGGACCAUGGCUUUAUGUCCUGGGUUCUGAAAAAUGAAAUGUUCAACACCCUACAGGAGAGGACAAUCUCGGUCGAGAUGAGUUUCCGUACUCGCGAUGCGGACGGUGGAAUCCUUCUCCACCUCCCAUCAACGUCCAAAGAGUACAUUACACUUGAGAUCGUCAACAAUCACCUUCAGGUGACCUUCAACCUUAAGGAUCAUGACGCACCCCUAAUGCCAAAUGUUCUUUCACUGUCAGCUGUCCGUGCAAACAACGGACAGUGGCAUCAUGUCAAAUUUAUCCGCACUGGCAAGUGGUUCCAAUUAAAGAUGGAUGGAGGAGAGGGUCGAUACUACAACGAGACUUGGGGCAAAUAUGGAGAAAGUCAGAAGUUCCACCUUCGCAGUGAUCAGAUUGUUGCUGGAGCUCGCGUCGUGUUUGAUGCGACUCCGACCUUUGAUAAACGUGGUCUCAAAGACACCUGUAUAACGGAUAUCCGAGUGGAUGAUAAGUGGUUCCCAAUGCGAGUAGAGGAGAACCUACAUAGCCCUGCGGCAAACCUUUCUCUCUACCCCAAUGUCCAGAUGAACUGUGUCCGUGACGACGACUGUACUGGCCACCUCUGUUCCAGUGGCACCCCCAUCAGUAAGGAGUGUGUGCCACUGUGGGGUGACCGAGACUGUAGGUGCCCAGCCGGCAGUGAACCUGGCACAGCAGAGAACUGCAUUCCUAUCCUCUACUGUAACCCCAACCCUUGUUACUCGGGUGGAACUUGUAUUGAGCUAGACUACCCAGACACAUUCAUGUGUAACUGUCCCGCAGGAUGGACCGGCAUGCUGUGUAACCAACAGGCUCAGUCUGAGGUCAUCCCGGCUGGGGUCACUACUGAGGCCCUGGUCAUCAUCAUUGUCAGUAUCUUCACUGUUGCCUUGAUUGUGAUGCUUGUCUUCCUGUUGGUUUGGAACUUGACCAAGCGUGACAAGGAGAAAUCCAUCUUGUAUGACGACCAAUAUGAUGACAUUCGUGAGAAUGUGAUGGACCAUGACGAGGAAGGGGCAGGUGAGGAAGAUCAGGAUGGUUAUGACAUAUCUCGCUUACGUAAACCCGACCAGCCCUUCCUCCUACCUUCCCAGGGCAGACCGGAUAAAGUGCGUCCUGGUGAGACUCCAGAUGUGGGAAGUUUCAUAGAAGACCGACUGAUCGACGCAGACCAUGACUUGAGUGCUCCACCUCACGACAAUGUAAUGGAAUUUGCUUAUGAGGGUGGAGACAGCGACCUGGGGUCGUUGAGUUCGCUCCACACGAGUUCUAGUGGUGGAGACCAGGACUACGAAUACCUAGAUGACUGGGGACCAAAGUUCUCCAAACUAGCUGAUAUGUACCAAUCAGUCCCCACCGAGGAAAGUUUGUGACCCCAGUAAUCAUAGACUUAUUCUAUCGUGUGCUCAUGGACAAUUUUUCAUAUUGCCUGUAGUGCUGUACACAACCUUCAGAGGAAUCAUCUACAAUUUAUCUGUUCUUUCAUCCUCUUUGAUCAGUGAAAAUGAAUGACUUAGGAACACCCUGUCUACAGAAAGUCGUGAUCUGAAUGUGACUGACGAUCUGAGAAAUGUCAGUAAAACAAUUAUCAGUGUUUUGUAGGAUCAUUUCAUCUGAAUAUUGAUAAAACCAGUAAUACUGUUUUCUCUGGUGUUAUUGACAUGAGAGAUUGUGCAUUUCCAUUCCUCAAUAUUAUAUGUGUGACAAAAUAUCUCUUCAAUAUUUUGAGAGAAAGUCAAUAUACACAAAAGAUACCAUAGAGAAAAUACCAAAGAUGUUUUAUUAACAAAUAUAAUAAAUAGCUUAAGACAGGACCAUGCAAACAUUAAUUUCUAGUCAGGGACUUAUCUGUCUAGGAAAAAGGUAUCCUGCUACAAUUCUUAUUCUGUGUAUGUGUGUACAUGUGUUUAUACACGUGUGUUACCUGUACACAUGUUCAGUAGAUGAAUGUGUUUUGAAGACUGGUAUUACAACACUAGUAUUAAAUCAAUAUUUUGCAGGGCUUACAUCACUGUAAAGCAAAGUCAUAUUGGUAAAGUAUGAUUGCUACAGCACUAUGCUACAUAUUUAAUAUGGUUGAUGUUUUGAAGCUUUUCUGGAGAUUUUUGGGGUAAAUAUGUGUUACAAUUUUACAGAGGUUUAGAUUAUAAAGGGAGAUUACUCUUAUUUUGAUAUCGGACAUCACAUCAGAAAACUUGUGUCGUGUGCAUUUUGUAUAGUCACCUAAACAUUAUAUAUAUUUUAUUUCAGUGUUUGUUUAUGAUACGAUACCCCCUAAAUGCAUAAUGGACUAGACCAUUCCAAUGGUAUACAAGCUCCAUGUGGAAGUUGAUGGGGGAUACAUUUUCCUGAGAAAUGUCAUUACUUGUUGUAUAAUGUUCCUGUAGAAAAUGAUGGUUGUGCAAAUAAUUAAAAAAUCAAAAUGAUAAUUUCCUAGCAAUGAUUCAAGAAAAUUAUCAAUUCAAAAUUGAUAAACUUUUUCUUGAUUUAGUAUUGAUUCUGUGGAUAAUAUUUUGUGGUGUUUUGAGGUAAUCAUUGAAAAACAUUUUGACUCAUUCCUCCGAGCAUAGUGAACGAGUGUAAAUAAAUGAGUUUGUGUUUAAGAAAAAAUGUACUAACAGAAGAGAUAGAUUUUGUAGGGACUUCAUUGAUACAAAUAGUGAGUAUACUGAAUUGGAUGAAAUAUUACUUCAUAUCAAGGAAUGACCAGAAAGAUUUAUGAAGGUUGAAGUUUGAAGAUGCUAGUAUAUUUCAAAUUGAGAAAAUUUUUGCAAGAUUUUGUGACAUACAGAGUGAGGUUGUGUAUUAUAUAUCUAUUAGUAAAAUGAAAGAUGAAAUGUUGUGUCUGAGAUAGAGCGAAAGUGAAAGAGAAAGAUAGUGUAAUAUGUGAUGUAUGUAAGACGAAAGUAUGGAAUAUAAUGAGAGACCGAGAGAUUAUUGUAUUAUAUUAUAGUGAAGAGAUUGUGUGAAAGGAGAGGAAGAAAUCUAGUGUAUUAUAUAUAUAAAAAGAAACUAGAAUUUGUGUGAUAGGUUUGAUAUACAGAUGGACCAAACCCAUGUGCCCAGAGAAAUCACAGCUAUAUAUAAAAUUUAGUAACUUGAGAGUGGUAAGUUUGGUGCAUCUUGUAGUCAUAGCGAGGGUUUUUAUUAAACCGGGAUUUUCAAACUUGCACCUUGCCAUUUCCAUAUGUAAGAAUUGACCAGCGCUAUAAUGACCAAUAAAAGCAUUCUUUUUCCAAACCAUAACCUUUAUCCAUGCUUACAGAGUAUAAACAGAUACUCUAACAAACAUUACAAGAAUUAUUUCCAGAAAUAUUUAAUAAAAAUCAUGUAUAAUAUACAUCAUAUCAGAAGCAACAAACAAAAGUUUUUCUGUCUUUUUAAUAUUUUUCUAUAUUCUUUUAUACAGUGCAUCUUAUAAAUAUAUUUUCAAAUGCCCAUCUCCAUUUUGUUUUACCAACAUGGUCCUAAGGUAUUAAUUUAUUUUCUUUAAUCAGAUUUUGUAAACUACAUUAAUUUUUCCAUUUCCAAAAGUGAUCUCAUUGAGUUAUCUCCCCUGAGGCGGGACAUAUCACCUUGACAACAGGAUGCACCAAUAAAUACCAUUGAUAUAGAUAUACAUGUAUCAACAAUGACAAAUAUCACCCCAAAUUAUUCAUCAUUGUCAUUUAAAGCACAUAUUUUAAAAGAAAAAAACAAAUCAUCAUAAAUCAUUGUCAUCAUCAUUAAAUUGCCAUAUUAUAGCAUCACAUUUUUUUUAAUAUUUUGAUACAUUUGAAAAAAGGUUUCUUUUUUUUUACCACAGAUGUAUUUUUCAAGUCUUGCCUUCUCAUGUAAUAUAUACGCCACAGUUUGUAUUCGGUUAAUGAUCGUGUAUGUUGUAGGAUACAUUAGCUUAAAAUGACACCUUUAUGUUGUUUUUUACAAAACAUUUUGUGUUUGAAUGAUCACUGUAAUCAUCAUCAUCACCUUCAGCUGUGUAAACACCAUUUUGAAUUGCACUGCCAAGCUUUAAAAUGUUGUUAUAUUCAUUUGAAUGCUAUGUAUACCUGAUAGUGUUUUGUAAUUAUAAUGCUUUAUUAUGAAACGUCUAGAAAUACAUCCACUGAAAAUUUUCAUUUGAAAAAUUCUACUUUUAAAAACAGUAUCCAUGUCAUUGACUUUACAGAGAUACACAGGGUAUUGUAUCACUUUAUAUUUUUAAUAACAACUGUCUCAGAAGAAAGCGAUAUUUCAACAGAAUUUUUUCUUUAAAAGUAUAAGAGUCAAUUUUAAGAAAAUAUAUAUACGGGAAGUAUUGAUAUAGUAUAACAAGACUGUUUUCCAUUGUUUUAAUACUUCAGUUUGUGACAUGUUUAGAAUUUAUCAGACCAUUUUUCCUCAGGAUGAUUAGCUGUAAGGUUAGCUCAUAAGUUCGUAGUUUCAUGACAAGGUUGUGAAGUUGAUGUGCGCAAUACCGGUACUCAUAUCUUAUUUAUGCCAUCAUUUCAUGAAACAAGAAUGCAUAUUGAGUUUGAACAUUUUACCCAAUAUUGUUUAUAAUACCGGUACAGCUUUAAAAGCUUACAAUUAUGUUGAAAUUCAGGUGCUUUAAGAUUCAUUUUUGAUGGAACCUUUUGUGAAUUAUGCAAAAAUUUUGCUUGGUAUGUAGUAAUUUUGACUUGAACUGUAGUUGUUUGUGUGGCAAAUGUCUGGUUUGAAGCUAAUGUAAAUAUGUUUAUAUCUGAUCUCCUCUUUACAAUGGAAUCGUCUUAAAAACAUUAUCCAGGCUGGAAUGAUUUUAACAGGAAUGUUACAAUAAAUUGAAUAUGACAUUAACAGACAUGUUACAAUAACAGAAAUAUUUGAAUAAAUGUAUUGGGAUGAUUAGUUGACCUCCAUUUUGUUGACAAAUGGUAAGUUUGGAAUAAAAAAAGUGGGGGUGGGGGGGGGUUCUAAAUGCAAAUUAUUUUAAGCAUAAUAUUGUAAUAUAUAAAACCUGAUUAUACUAGACUAGACUUUACUGUAGGUAAUUUAUCUGUAUCCUUGAGGAAGACGAUGACCUGUUUAUGUAGAUCAGGUAAACUAGAACCAGUGUAGGUCUACCCGUUUGGUUAUAUUUCCUUGUUGUUAAUCCUUUGAUAUGAUUGGUUGUGAAUUUGAUCUAUGGUUUGUAGUUUGUAUGUAAGUAUUGUUAUUGUAGAUAUGUGCAUUAAAACUAUUUAUGCUUUCAUGUUCUUUUAAAAAUGGUGAUAUCACAAAUAUUUCUUAACUUAAUGAAAGGAAAGUAAUUUAAUUGAAACAACACUCCUUAAUAUUUUUAGCACUCCAUACAAUUAUGAUAAGAGUGAAUUUGAUGAAAAACGAUUAUCAAAUUUCAAAAUGAUAUGUUUGGGAUAUGAACAUUUAUAAUAACAAAUGAAGUAUUCUCUUCAUAAAUUACAAAUUUCAAAAUGAUAUGUUCAGGAUAUGAACAUUUAUAAUAAAAAAAUGAAGUAUUUGCUGCAUAAAUUACUGUAGAAAUAAUGUUUUAAGUUACUUUAAGAAGAAAAAAAUAUGUGUUAAUACUCCGAUAUCCAUUUAUCUGAUGAAGAGUUGUUUUCUAGACAACAAAGACACAGACUAAGGAACAUACAGUAUCGUAUAUAAGAGUAAUAGCUCACAUACAAAGUGUACUUGGUUUCUAGCACGGCUUGUAUUUUUGUUGGAAAGAUGCAACACAAUUUAGAGACCUCUGACCUAAAAUCAACUUGAGCAUCAGGCCUCCGUUCCAUCAGUAUUCUGGACAUAAAGAUUUACAUUGGAAAUCAUUACAGGAUUUAAGAAAAGUUUCCUUUACAUAGAUUUUCCCUCAAGAAGUUUAAUUUUUGAGAACUGCGAUGUAGGUGCUCUAUUUAAAUAGUACUAAUUUAUUACGCAAAUUGUUUUUGCUUAAAAUGUUUCAAUUUGAAAGAUAAUUAUACGCUUUGAUUAUCUCUUCCAUGAUAAACUUUUACAUUGAAGGGAUUCACAGUUUUGUGUUGUUAAUUAAGAUGUACUUAGAACUGUAUUAUAUAUGUAUAUAUAAGGAGAUAUCAGUAAUUUAUAAUAUGGUGAUCGCACAUAAAAUAAAUCUUAUCCAUGGCAACUGUGCUUGAUAUUGCCAAAAAUGAAAUGUAUUUGAAAUCUGAUUUCUAUCCUAUGAUUCAGUACUUUAGAUAUGUAAAUGAUAAAAGUCUAAAGUAAAUUUAAUUUAAAUUGAGUUAAAAAAAAAUCUGGAAUAUUCAAAUUAACAUACUGUAUGUUAUCUCCUGUUUUCAUUAUCAGUUUUGAUUAAUUUUAGAAGUCUCUGAAAACCAAUAUCUUGUGCUCUUGCCAUUUAGACUAUUUUUAUUAUUUAAUUAAUUGUUCAGUAGGAUUUUUUCCAUGUUUGUUUUGUUUUCAAUGACCUAGGCAAUCAUGACUUGUUUGAAAUCUAGUCACUACAGUGUUAGCAUAAUUUGUACAUAUUCUGCUGCACUGUUGUCUCGCACACCCGCCCUUCCUUCCGUUUUCUUAUCUACAAUUUGUUUUGUUUAUUUGUUUACUUUUUCUUUAUUCAAAUUUACUUGCAAUUCUUCUUGUGUAAUAGAUAAAGGGCAAUUCUGCAAUAAUUCAUUAUUUCAGACUUUGUCAAAAUCAAAUACUGAUUUCAGAUGAUAGUGAUUAUUUUAAAAUAUUGAUUUGUUUAAUAUAUUUACUAAGUUUUAAGUAAAUAUCAAUAAUUUGUAGUUUGUAUAUAUAACAUGACAGAAAAACAUACAGGAGAACUUUCCUGUAAGUUUUAGAGUUUGUGUCUCAUGAAUAUAUAACUUGACUGUUCAAAAUACCAGUAACAUCAAAUGAAACUGUCCAACGAAGUAAAAUAGUUUUUGAUUGUGUGAAGUUUUCCUGUUGUAAGUUAUUAUUGAACUUUUUGUAAUUUUUUCUAAGGUGCUCUGCUACACAGAAAUCUGUUUUAGACAUUAAUUCUGUAUUAUCUGUCCAAUCAGAAGCCAUUAAACUGACCAGCUGAUAUAUUUAAUUAUUACAUGCUAUAAAUAAAUUUUGGUUUCUUUUAAAAUGCAAACAGUGUAUGUGACUGCAACAUUCAUAGUUUCAAUGAUUUGACUAAAAAUCUAAAUAAAAAAACUAAAUUUGGAAGUGGUCUUUCCAUCUGAUAUACUUCCACUCUACAAUCAACAUUUUGAAUUUCCCCCCAGAUUGGUUUGGAGACAAAGAUGGUGAUAUUUACACUAGCAUCUACAAUGGUAUAAUUUUGUGUAGUAAUAGGCUGAAUUUUAGACAAUGCUUAAUCUGCUGUUAUAGAUUGUAAGAAAAUGUAUUGAUAUUCACUAAUGUGUAUGUUAUAAUAUAUAUCAGCAGUUUUUAUGGACUAAGGCAGAUUUCUGAGUAUAUGUGUUUGAUUCGCUGGAUGUAUCUGCAUAAUCAUGAGUUUUUGGGUGGAUUUUAAAACAUUAAUGCAUGUGUGUAUUUCUGGUCAGUAUUAAUGUUUAAGAAGUUUGAUUGGCAAGUUUAUUGCACGCAUACAAGCAUAUCAAUAAAUUAUAUGACUUUAUCAUGGCUAUUUUUGUGCAAGUUGCUACAGCACAACUCAAGUUUCACCUUGUAACCAGGUCGCCCGCCCGUAAUGUCUGGAUAUUCACUAACUCUGUACACUUUACGUAAUGGAGGAAAUUAUUCGUAAGUGCUAAACAGGAACUCCUCUGUUCGAAAUUUUAUGUUUGAUGUUUAUGUAUUAAUUGUCAUCGAGAAAGUUCUUAAUUACAAAUUGAUGUCAAAUAUUUGUUCAUUCUUCUUCUUCUCUAAAUAACAUUCCUAUUCUAUCUAAAAGAAAAGUGCAUUUUUAUAUCAUUAUCAUAUACACGUAAUGCUAUUCAUUGCUUUACACUUUCAUUAUUUUACAAUGGAAAUCAUUUAAAGAUUUUUCAGAAUUUAUCAACAGAUAUAAUUUGUAAAUGGAUUCACUUUGUGAAAGUUAAUUCACCACUGGAAUAUCCUACUUACUGUUCAUUUUAGCCGAGAUGUUUAACAACUUACAACCAUCAGACAUUCUGGGCAGGCGAUCAUACAUCAGCUUUCCAUAUCUUCAUCUUCAUCCUCAUCCUCACUUUCUUCAUCAUGUUUAUUAUUCAUUUUUUUUAAAUAAAAAAUAAUUACAAAAUAUA